CUGAGGAAGUGACAACAGGAGUGCCCUUGACGGGCAGGCCGACUGGGCUGUGCGUCCCUAGGCUCGAGCUGCUGGGAGGUAGGAGUCCCGCGGGGUGGGCUGGGUGCUGCUGUGCACGCCGGCCACAAGCGCCGGGAGGACCCGAGAGGAAGGACUUGGUCUCGGCAGCCGCACGCCCUGUGCUCCCGGUCUCUCCGUUUUCCUCCGUACACAGAUGGCUCAGCGGCUUCUCCUGAGGAGGUUCCUGACCUCAGUCAUCCCCAGGACGCCCCCUCAGGGUAGGUGGGCUUCCCUCACCUCUAGAACCCUGCAGACCCCACAGUGCAAUCCUGGUGGUCUGACAGGAGCAACCAGCCCAGCCCGGACGUUACGCACCAGCCGACUCUGCUCAACAACCUUUAAUGUCCAGGAUGGGCCUGACUUUCAAGACAGGGUUGUCAACAGUGAGACACCAGUUGUUGUGGAUUUUCACGCACAGUGGUGUGGCCCCUGUAAGAUCCUAGGACCGCGGUUAGAGAAGAUGGUGGCCAAGCAACAUGGAAAGGUGGUAAUGGCCAAGGUGGACAUUGACGACAACACGGACCUUGCCAUAGAGUACGAGGUGUCGGCUGUGCCUACAGUGCUGGCCAUCAAGAAUGGGGACGUGGUGGACAAGUUUGUGGGCAUCAAGGAUGAGGACCAGCUGGAAGCCUUCCUGAAGAAGCUGAUUGGCUGACAAGCAGGUCUAUAAUAAAGAACUUUAUGUGACCCUUCUACCUCUUGCUAUGAAGAACAGAGCCCACCCUAUGCCCGACAGCUGUCCAUUGUCUCCCGUGUCCCCUCCCUGGGUUAUCUGGGCCUUGGUUCUGGUUCCCUGAGCAGGAGGAGGAGCUGUGAAUGAGUCAGACCAAUAAAACCAGGUUUGCACUGCCA